CCCCUAAUUUAAAAAACUAAUUGGAGAAGAUAAAUGAGACAUUGUGAACUUUGUUGUUGAACAUUAUUGGCAUGAAAGAAACGAUUCAAUGUCGUAUCAGACUCAGGACACACGAUAAAUCAAUGUCAAAAGUGCUCACUAUGACUCCCUCUUCCCACUAUUGUUCUCUCUCUCUGUCCCUCUCUCUCUCUCCCUCUCCCCCUCUCCCUCUCUUUACAGCCCAGUCCUAUCCCGAGCCCAGUGCUUGGUGGGAAGCCCAACGCUAGCCAAUCCCUGCUGGCCUGGUGCCGUGAGGUCACAAAGAAUUACCGCGGAGUCAAGAUCACCAACUUCACCACAUCCUGGAGGAACGGCCUGGCAUUCUGCGCCCUUCUCCAUCACUUCAGACCUGAUUACAUAGACUACAAGACCCUCAAUCCUCAGGAUAUUAAGGAAAACAACAAAAAGGCGUAUGAUGUUUUUGCCAACCUGGGCAUCAGUCGUCUGUUGGAGCCAUCUGACAUGGUUCUGCUGGCCAUCCCUGACAAACUAACCGUCAUGACGUACCUCUACCAGAUCAGAGCCCACUUCAGUGGAGAGGAACUCAACGUGGUGCAGAUAGAAGCCAACAGCAGCCGCAGCACAUACAAGGUGGGAGACUUCGAGACAGACACCAACGCCUCCAUCGGCCAGGACAAGUUCUAUGCUGAGCUAAACGUCAGUGACGCUAAUGCCCAGACCACUGGAUCCAGUGGGGACGUUAGCAUCGGAGCUAACUGCGCUAGCGCCACGAAUGGAGCCGUGGGGAAAGAGGAGGAGGAGAUGGAGGUGGUGAGGAAGAGUGAGACUGUAUCUUUCUCCCUCCCUGACUUUGGGGUGUCCCCCUCCUCUCCCAGCUCGCCCCCCCUCCCAUUGCCCCGCGGCUCUACCCCCCCCACCGCCACAGAGUCCUCCCACCCCAGAGCCGCGCCCGCUCCCUUGCCACCACACCUCUGGGAGACGAUCGUCGUCAACUACAACUACCCCUGA